AGGAAGCGGGUGAUGUCGAUGUCCCGUCUCGAGCUGGUGAAUUCAAGCAACAGCCUUACUUUCCCAUUACCUCUGAAGCCUGUCUGUCACAAGCCAUCCACAGACUGUGCCUGAAGUACUUUAUUUACCUCCGACCAAACCGAUCCGCACCACUCCCGAGCCGAACCGGGGUUUGGGGGAGCACUAUCAAGCAUCGUGCUGCGUCAACCGAGCCUCGGCCCACGCUCCCAGCGCGCACACGAACACCAGCACCAGAUAUGUAUCGCGUCCCCCGCCCACAGGGUGGACGACCACAUUUCUCCCGCCCGUACCUGCAACGCCCACACCUUUGACGAACUCCCCCACCGCGUCCCACGCCGCCACGCCGCCACUUCCCACGCCGCCACUUCUCCCAAGCUCACCUCUCCCAAGCUCACCUCUCCCGCACCACCCACCAAGCCCACCAAGCCCACCACCCCUCCCCCACCCACUCUUCCAUCGAUGCCACCCACCGCCCCAAACCCCCUCAAAUCCCGCACCCUCGCCGACUACCCUCACAAAUCCACACACAGCACGCGCUGGUCCGACAACGACCAGUACGGCCACCUGAACAACAGCGUGUACGCCUUCCUGAUCGACAGCGCCGUGAACAGCUACCUGAUCUCGCACUGCGGGCUUGUUCCCACCCCCACCCCCACCCCUUCCCCUUCCAGCGCCCCCUCUUCCACGCCCACCACCCAGCAGCAGCCGCAGCCUCAGCAGCAGAUAGGCCUCGUAAUCUCAAGCCACUGCACGUACUUCUUGUCUUUAUCAUUCCCGGAGGCGGUAGAGCUCGGCCUGUGCGUGCGACGGCUGGGGACCAGCAGUGUGCAGUACGAGGUGGGGUUCUUCCGGGUGGGGGGCGGGGACAAGGUGUGUGCCGUGGGCGGGUUCACGCAUGUUUUUGUUGAUGCGCGGAGUAGGAGGCCGGUUAAGGCGCUGGAGGCAAAGAUGAGAUGUGGGUUGGAGAGGAUUUUGGUGGGGGAGGGGGGGGCGAGGUUGUAGUUACUCUUGCUGCUGGUGAGGGUGGGCGGGGAUGGGGAAGGGGGUUUAUGGUACAGGAAUAAGGCAAUGCGAUUGCAGUUAUGGAUGUUUUUUCCCGUUGACACUUGUACAUACAUAACAUAACUCCCCCAACCCAACCCAACCACCGUCCCCAGACUC